CUUUUUAUUCAUUUACGUUUGUUUUGUAUUUUGUUUCGCAGCAUUUUUUGGAAAAUCUGCUUUUCAUCCCCAAAGACGAACAAUGAUUCAAGGCAGAAAAAUGGGUCCUGUUUUGCUGCUUGUGGCAUUGUGUCGCACAGUUCAUAACUUGGCAUCACCACGUACCUCUCCAAUUCACUGUCAAACAAUCAAAAAAUUUAUCCUUGCUAAGAACUGUGCUGAGCUGUACAAUUGCGGUCAUAGGAUUAGUGGCGUCUAUACAAUCGAUCCUCAGGAUGGUUCAGGUCCCUUUAAUGUACUGUGCGACCAGUUAACAGACGGCGGGGGAUGGACAGUGCUUCAGACGAGACAGCAUAGUUCUGUUAAUUUCACCCGCACCUUGGCUGACUACAAACAUGGUUUCGGUAAUUUUCUUCCCAGGGAAGUUUGGCUUGGACUGAACAAGAUCUACCGUCUGACUCGAGAUAAAACAAAGAACAGGCUGCGAGUAGAACUUGGAGUUACUGCUAACAAGACCGUUUAUGCUGAGUAUGCGUGGUUCGGAAUUGGAGACGAGAGUUCUUCUUACCAGCUGAACAUUGGCAAUCUUUUAACUAAGUCAACGACAGCAACAACAAAGGCGACUGUUGGUGAUUCCCUCAGUGCUCAUAAUAACACAUUGUUUGGGGCCUGCAAUGAUGUAGAUGAAGCGAACCACUGGUGGUAUAUUCAUAACGAAAGUAACGCUGGAUGUGGUUUUCUAGCUAAUCUAAAUGGUGUUAUUUCACUUGAUGGGAAAGAAAAGGCCAACAGGAUCUACUGGGCAUUCUUAAAUUCUAGCAACGCUGGAAACAACUCUCCUAUAAAAACAGAAAUGAAAAUCAGACCAGUGGACUUUUCUUGA